AUGGCAGAGAUUAACGAACCAAAGAUUCAAGAAAUUACGGACGAGGAAAUAACUUUGGAAAGCUCUAAUGCCGAAGGUGAGCUAAAAGACGAAGACGGCGUAAAAAUUCAAGAGAUUGAAGACUCCAAUGUACUGGAAAAAAAGGGUACUACCGUUGAAUCUGAUGACGACUCAGUUCCUAGUUUAGAGGAGGACGGUGGUAUCCCAGCUGGAGUUGCUCCAGCUGAUAUUGCCAAAAUCCAAAGUCGUGGAGAGAAAAAGGCUCGCAAGGCAAUGCAAAAGUUAGGGUUAAAAGUCGUACCCGGCAUCAACCGUGUGACUAUUCGAAGACCAAAGAAUAUCCUCUUUGUUGUUUCUAACCCUGAUGUCUACAAAUCUGCCAAUUCUGAUUGUUACAUUGUGUUUGAUUCCAGUAAGGUGGAAGAUGUAACUGUCGAGGAAGAUGAAGAAGACUUGAACAUAGAUGAAUCUAACGUUGAGGCGAAAGACAUCGAAUUGGUCAUGCAACAAGCCAAUGUCCCCCGUUCUAAAGCUGUAAAGGCUCUCAAGGAAAAUAAUAACGAUAUCGUUAAUGCUAUCAUGGCGUUAACUUUAUAA